AUGGCCUACAUGUUAGAACUGGAUCAGCCUACAGCUGAGUUGAUCGUUCAGAUACAACUCCAAGAUGCCGGCCUUUAUUCAGAAAUCUCCAAAGGGAAAUCUCGGGAUCCUACCGACGAGGAGCUGGCUUUUCAGUUACAAAACGAGCAUUUGGAAGCAAUUUCUAAUUUUCUCAAGGAUAGGCGAAUGGCCAUGAGUUUCGCAGCCGCGGUUCAAGCUGAUGGGCGCAUCCUGGCUCAGACAAAAGUGGAAGAAGAGAGCGCGUCUCAAGAUCGAAGUAUUGCGCGUCGAUGGAUGGAUGAUGAACAUCUAGUCUCGGGAAAUGACUUCGAAGCAGAAACAUCAGGUUUAGACGAUGAGACUCUGGCAAAACUCGAGAUCUUGUAUGUGUCCGGCUUGGAAGGGUACUACAACACAGAGGAUGGGGGCAUGACUGGGGCUGAAACUGAGCAAGCCGAGUCAUCUGCUUGGGCAGCUCGACGACUCCGUCAACCACGAUCACAAAUUCGUCAAUGUGUGGCUUGUGGAGAUGAUACAGAAUUUUUCAACGUGGCGCGUGUCCCAUGUCAACAUGAGUAUUGUCGUUCUUGUUUGGAAGCUCUUUUCAAAGCCUCAAUAACAGACGAAUCGUUAUUUCCUCCACGAUGCUGCCGGCAACCCAUCAAUUUGAGCAUGGCUCGGAUAUUUCUCAAGUUUGAACUCGUCCAACUGUACGAGAAAAAGAAGGUUGAGUUUGAAACACCAAACAGAACGUACUGCUACUCUACUGAGUGUUCUGUUUUCAUCGGGAAAUCUCAUAUCGAUGGUGAAGUAGCCACAUGCCCCAACUGCCAGCACACGACCUGCACAAAUUGCAAAGGGCGAGCCCAUAUGGGCGAUUGCCCAAACGACCCUGCUAUGCAACAGCUUUUGUCAGCGGCACAAGAAAAUGGAUGGCAACGCUGCUAUUCAUGUUGGCGACUAGUGGAAUUGGACCAUGGUUGCAAUCAUAUGAUGUCUGUGUCCCCUUUCUUUUCUCUCACAACUCUGAUUUCUGACGGAAAAUGA